GUGAUUGUGGGCAUCGUUUUCAAACAUGUGUUGACAUGUGAGAAUGUUACGCGUCAAGCAAUUCCACCUUUUGUGUAUUUUGCUUAACAGACGAACACAUAACAAAAAAGUUAUAUGGAAUAAUAUUUAAAUGAAUACAAAUGAUUUCUAUAUUAAAUAGGCUAAUUUUAAGCAGCAAACCUGUUCCUCAGUACAUCUGCAAUAAGUUAUACGUAAAAAAUCUCCAUUCUACCUCCGACAAACCUCACACCAUGGCGACAAAUAUUGUAUGGAUGGAUUUAGAAAUGACUGGUUUGAAUGUAUUCACGGAUAAAAUCUUAGAGGUUUCAUGUUUAAUUACCGAUCAAGAUUUAAACAUUGUAGCGGAAGGGCCAUGUUUUGCAAUCAACCAACCCAAGGAAGUGUUGGAGACAAUGAAUGAAUGGUGCAUGAAACAUCAUAAUGAAUCUGGACUGGUGGAUAAAUGUUUAAAAUCCCAAAUCACUACAGAGCAGGGAGAACAAUUAAUUUUAGAUUUUCUAAAAAAGCAAGUGCCCAAAGGAAAAUGCCCAUUAGCUGGGAAUUCUGUUUAUAUGGACAGAUUAUUUUUACGUAAGGAAAUGCCUCAAGUGGAUGACUACAUGCACUAUAGGAUCAUUGAUGUUUCCAGUAUCAAAGAAUUGGCACGACGAUGGAAACCCUCAGUUAUUAAAAACGCUCCAGCCAAGAUAUUAGCCCAUCGCAGUUUAGAUGAUAUUAAAGAUAGUAUAGCAGAAUUGAAAUAUUAUCGAAAAGAAUUUUUUAGUUAGAAACAAUUUCAAUGCAGUUAAUUUUUUGGCUGCUAGCAAUAUUCAUCACUUCAGACAAUUGCAAAUAAUAAUAAAAACUAAAAUUUAA